CCGUACGUCCGUACAAACGGCGAACUCACAAUAAUUGUCAAUUAUUAUUUAUUAUUAUUUAGACAAAUACGAUGAUAGACAACAACAAAGUAACAAAACAAUAAUAAUAUGGAACACUAUGCACACAGGUAAUUAAAAAUAAUUGGACCAGGACAUUCCGAUGAGCGGCAGCAGUGGUAUGGCGGAAGAACAGAACUUGUCGUAUCCACUGCACGAAUGCGUGUUCGAAGGUGAUGUACAAAAGUUCGCACGGAUGAUGAGGACAGAAGAUCUAUCGAGGAAAGACAAACAUGGUAACACGGCUCUGCAUCUGGCCAUCAUGCUCGGUCGUAAAGAUAUAGUACAAUUGUUGCUUGCUCACAAUGCACCAGUAAAGGUAAAAAACAUAAAUGGAUGGACGCCAUUGUCUGAAGCAAUUAGCUAUGGAGAUCGUCUUACUAUUAUAUCUUUAUUGAAAAAAAUGAAACACCAAGCAAGAGAACAGAUUGAAGAAAGGCGACCUAGUUUGGUAUCUGCACUGAAACAAGUUGGAGAUUUCUAUAUGCAAAUAAAAUGGGACUUCCAAAGUUGGGUGCCAUUAGUUUCUCGAGUUCUACCCUCAGAUCUUUGUCAGAUUCAUAAAAAAGGAACAUCUUUUAGAUUGGAUACUACAUUAGUAGAUUUUGCAAUGAAUGAUAUGAAAUGGGAACGUGGGGAAAUCACAUUUUUGUUUGAUGGUGAUGCUAAACCUCCACAUUCUCUUAUUGUCAUGGAUAAUAAAGCUGGUGUUUACCAAAGAGUCAGAUAUUUAGAAACUGAAUCAGAGAUUGAAGAUGAAGUUGAUUUAAUGAUGAGUACUGAUAUAGUGACUGCUCAAAUGUCUACGAAAUCAAUAACAUUUUCUCGUGCUCAAUCGGGUUGGAUAUUUCGACAAGACAGAAAAGAAACCAUUGGAGAUUUCAAUGCUGAUUUUUAUCAUAUAAAUGGCUUAACAUUAGAACAGAAAAAACGAAGAGAACAUUUGUCCGAAGAAGAUCUACAAAAAAAUAAAGCAAUCAUUGAAAGUUUGACUAAAGGAGGGUGUGCUAUUAGUAUUGAUUGCAAUGGGGAACCUGUAAGAAGAGAAUCACUACUUCCCCCUGUGCCUACAAUGUGUACAUGGAAAGAGUACUUUACAUCUCCAGCGGGACAACACCCAACCCUGGCAAGAGAAAUGGUUUUUAAAAACACGACGAGAGGAUUUAAAGCAACAGUUGCUAUGAGUAUGGAUUUCCCUCUAUCAGUUGCUAUGCUAAUGGAUGUACUUGAAGUUACUGCUCCAUUUAAACACUUYGCUAAACUACGUGAUUUUGUAAAUUUAAAAUUACCACCAGGGUUUCCAGUGAAAUUAGAUAUUCCAAUACUGCCAACAGUGUCUGCUAAGAUCACAUUCCAGGCUUUUGAGUUUCGCGAUGACAUAGAUUCUAAUCUUUUUGAAGUACCAGCGAAUUAUGUUGAAGAUCCAUCUAGGUUUCCAGAUUUAUGACGAUUUUUGAGUUCCGCAAUGUUAUCAUAGAUUCAGAAAUAUUUAAAGGUGCCAUCAAAUGUUAUCAUAGUUUCCUCCUAAGUUUACAGAAUUGCUUAGGUUUGGUAAAAAUGUAUUGAUCAACUUAAUACAUAUAAUUUGAUCAAUGUAAUUUAUUGUUGUGAUAUGCACACUAAACCAUUGUAUUCAUUGCUGUAUGUACCUCUUACCUACCAUAAUUUUCAAGAGAAAACACUUUGAAAUUAAUGACUAUUAUUAUUAUUUAUUUAUUUAUUUUUACUUCUUGAGAAUUCUUUGCAAAACAUUUGAUUUUACUAAUUUAUUUUUUGCACAGAGUUUUUUUAAUUMUAAUAUUUAUUAUAAAUGUGUUACAAAAUA